GUGUGAGUCUCUGUGUGUCUCUGUGUGUGUAUCUCUGUGUGAGUCUCUCUCUGUACAUCCGGGCUGUCCUCCCCGCAGCGCACGCAGCGCCCCGCACGCUGCGGUCCUCUCCUCUCGGUGACGUCGCUCCGGGAGCAGCAAUGGCGGCCAACAUGUACCGGGUCGGAGAUUAUGUAUUCUUUGAGAACUCCUCCAGUAACCCUUACCUGAUCCGGCGGAUAGAAGAACUCAACAAGACGGCCAGUGGGAAUGUGGAGGCCAAGGUGGUGUGUUUCUACAGAAGGAGAGACAUCUCACACAGCCUCAUCCAACUCGCAGACAAACAUGCAAAGGAGUUGGAAGAAGAGAAGGAGAGCCCGAUAGAGACAGACCUAACAGAAAAACAGAAACACCAGCUUCGCCACCGAGAGCUCUUUCUCUCCCGGCAGUAUGAGAGUCUACCUGCGACACACAUCAGGGGGAAGUGCAGCGUCGCAUUAUUAAAUGAGACCGAAGCCGUUCUUUCAUACCUUGACAAAGAGGACACGUUCUUCUACUCGCUGGUGUACGACCCCACACAGAAGACCCUGCUGGCCGACAAAGGAGAGAUCAGAGUGGGACCUCGCUUUCAGGCAGACGUACCUGAAAUGCUACAAGAGGGUCAGUCAGAACGUGAGGCAGACGACAGGGACCAGUCCAAGCUGGAGGAGAAGCUGUGGUAUCCAGAGUGUCCGCUCUCCAGCAAACAGAUAGACCAAUUCCUAGUGGUGGCACGGGCGGUCGGGACCUUUGCUCGAGCGUUGGACUGCAGCAGCUCAGUUCGACAGCCAAGCUUACACAUGAGUGCAGCAGCAGCCUCACGAGAUAUCACACUGUUCCAUGCGAUGGACACGCUGCAUCGUCAUAACUACGACCUGUCCAGUGCGCUGAGUGUACUGGUCCCAGCAGGCGGCCCCGUGCUCUGCAGGGACGAGAUGGAGGAGUGGAGCGCCUCGGAAGCCGCCAUGUUCGAAGAGGCACUAGAGAAAUACGGAAAAGACUUCAACGACAUCCGACAAGACUUUCUGCCAUGGAAGUCUCUGACUAGUAUCAUAGAGUACUACUACAUGUGGAAGACCACAGACAGAUAUGUGCAACAGAAGAGACUGAAGGCAGCAGAGGCAGAGAGCAAACUGAAGCAGGUUUAUAUCCCCACAUAUAACAAGCCCAACCCAAACCAGAUCUCUAUGACCAACGGCAAGAUGGCCACGGUGAACGGAGCGGGCCCCGGGGCCUUCCAUGCAGCGGGCGGGGGCCGGGCCUGCGAGAGCUGCUAUACCAUGCAGUCAGCCCAGUGGUACUCAUGGGGGCCACCGAACAUGCAGUGCCGCCUUUGCGUUUCCUGCUGGAUGUACUGGAAGAAGUACGGAGGCCUGAAGAUGCCGAGCAGAGCAGAAGUACCCGAGGAGAGGACCUCCCCCAUUCCAGCAGCCACCGAGCCUCGCUCACGGGGUCACGCCCCUCGCCAGUCCAACCACAUGGUACCGAUGCGAAACAGCGGCAGCCCCAAGUCCUCCAUGAAGACCAAGCAGGCCUUCCUGCUGCAGGCCACCCGCCUCACCAAGCUGGCCCGGCACAUGUGCCGUGACAUCAUCAGGCUGCGCCGCGCCGCGCGCAGGCCCUUUGUCCCCAUUAACUGUGGGUCCAUAAAGGCAGAGUGUAAGAGCUCUUUCAAUAUCUCCUAACUUCUGCCACAUGGACACACACACACAUGCCGACAAAACACAACAUAUGCACACACACAGACACACACACACACUCACUCACCACCCUCCCUCACCCUGACUGCCCCCCCCCCCCCCCCCCAUCUCUGCCCGCCUCCUGUCUGUCUCUCUUUCUGUUUUUAUUAUUGUUAUUAUUAUUAUUUUGGUUUUUGUAUUCUCCCGCCCCCUGUUUCAAAUAAAGACUGCCUGUCCUCAUAA